AUGAAUCCCUUCAAAGCAUCUUAUGACUUCAUUAUUGUAGGAGCUGGUCCGGCUGGUUGCACUGUUGCUUCCCGUCUGGCAGAUGCAUUGCCGAACAAGACUAUUUUGCUGGUUGAUGCUGGUGGUAUGAACGAUGAUCCUAGUCUUCAGAACUUUGGGGAUAGAUUCUGGACGUUGGGAGAGCCAGGCUACAAUUGGGGCUAUCGGAACACUCCACAAGUCAAUCUCGCGGGGAGGGAAAUUACUUACGACAGAGGAAAAGGACUUGGCGGCAGUACUGCUGUCAAUUUUUGUGUUUGGACCAGAGGACCGCAAGCGGACUUUGACCGAUGGGCGGAAAUGGUAGAAGAUGAAACGUGGGACUGGCAUCAUGUCCUGGAGCGCUACAGAAAGCCGCCUGCUAACCUGACGAUCAUGACAGAAGCAGCUGUUGAUCGGCUGCUAUUCGAAGGCCAAAAGUGCAUUGGCGUAGAGAUCUCAGGGAAAGAGGCUUUGGCACAGGAAGUCAUUUUAUCUGCUGGCGCGAUUGACUCACCUAAAUUGCUCCUACUCUCUGGGGUUGGUCCACAAGAGGAUUUAGCAAAGCACGGAAUUCCUCUUGUUCAUGACUUGUUAGGCAUUGGGAGAAACCUCCGAGAUCAUCUAUGGUUAGAGCUCGUUACCACUCAAAAGCCAGGCGCUCACCAUCGGACAUCUCACAUCACUAGUCCAGAUGAGCUGCAGGAAGCCCGAAGGCAGUGGUUGAAAGACAAGGCAAGUCCACUGAGCGUGAACCUUCAACCUCAGAUGAUAGCCUACCUCAAAAAUAAUAACAUUCUGCACUCCGAGGAAUAUGAGGAUCUUGACAAAAGCGUACGGGAGUCCUAUGAAAAUAAGACAACACCUCAUUAUGAGCUAAUUACUCACCUGCCCAGUCCAAUCUUCAAAGGACCAGACAAUUACAUCGCGACUGGCGUGGCACCGAUGGGUACCCUGUCUUCAGGACAAGUCAAAUUACGUUCAAGCAAUCCUCAGGAUCCGCCUCUGAUUGACCCUAAAUUCCUCUCACAUCCCUUUGAUCGCCGCAAUGCUAUCGAAGCUGUGAGAGAGACACUGAACUUACUAGAUCUACCUGACCUUCGCAAAGAUCGCAUGUGUUUUGCCGAAGGACCAGAUGGGCAAACCGAUGAAGCAUUACUAGUUAGUAAAGGCCUUACGUUUGUGCAAAAAGCUGGCCUAAGUAUGUGGCAUAUGUGUGGGACUGUGCAGAUGGGAAAACCAUCAGCGCCAAGUACCUGCGUCGAUACCAGCUUCCACGUGAUCGGGACACAUGGUUUGAGAGUCGUGGACAUGAGUAUCGCACCAUUCAUGCCAAAUGCUCACACUCAAGCAGUGGCUUACCUCAUUGGUGAAACAGCUGCCGAAAAAAUUAUCAAAGAGUAUACAGGUCAAUGA